AUGACAGAUUCAACUUUACCUUUGGCAGGCGUGGAGCACGGAAAGCGCAUUCUUGUCUCGGUUAUUGAAUCCCGAGCUCGCAAUGUUUCUAGCAAGCCUUGGGUUUCUCUGCCGGUCAAUGAGCAGGAUCUUUCGCAAGGAUACAAGGAUGUUAGUUUCUGGCAGUUAAAUAACUACGCAAAUCAUGCUGCAAACUGGCUGAGAGAGAAUCUGCCCCAAACACUCGAGACAUUCCAGUGCUUUGCAUAUGCAGGUCCCAAGGAUUUGCGAUACUCCAUACUUGCAGUUGCCGCAGCAAAGCUGCAGAAAGUGAUGGUAAUGCCCUCUCCACUCAUCACUCCCGAGGCUCAGAAUCGCAUCCUUAGUGUCAAGAACUGCAAAAUCUACUUGCGACCGGCUUCUAUGGCAGAUAAAGUCGCAGAGAUACUCAAAGAGACACAUGGUUUUCAGGUCAUUACGGUUCCUGAGAUCGAGGAAAUCAUGAAGGAAGAAGAGGCCCCCGUCUUUACCUAUCCGAAGUCAUGGGAAGAGGGCAAAGAUGACCCCUGGCUUGUGUUUCACACAUCAGGCACAACUGGUAAUCCAAAACCUCUGACGUGGUCGCACGGAAUGAUGGCUGUGCCAGAUAUAAUGACAUCCUUGCCAGACCUGGAGCUUUCUGUGUUACACAAAUUCGCCCAGGACAGAUGGUAUACGCCACUCCCUUCCCUGCAUCUAGUGGGAACCGUGAUGGUACUUGCAAUGACUUCGUUCCUAGAGUCAACCAUUGUAAUCGGACCUGCGGUACAACCGUCGGCAAAUCUCGUUGUGGACAUUUUACAGUACGGACGAGUAGACGGCGCCCUUAUGAUACCUAGUCUCAUCGAGGAGCUCUGUCUGACAGACACUGGCCUUCAAUCUCUACGGAGCCUCAAAUGCCUCCUCUACACUGGCGCACCUUUGAACACGAAAGCUGGCGAGAAGUUAGUGUCACAUGUUCACAUUGCUCCUAUGGCUGGCAGCACAGAAGGUGGGCUGUUUUUGACCAAGCUCCAUGACAAGAAGGAUGCAUGGGACUACAUCAGUUUCCAGGCACACGCAAGUGCUGAGCUUGUACCCCGCUUUGACAAGCUGCACGAGUUGGUCUUUGUGCGCCGGCCGGGCUGUCUAGUCCCUCUGGUUUUCCAAGUAAAACCGGACCUCGAGCGCUUCGAAACCAAUGACAUGCUGGUUGAGCACCCUGUCCAUAAGGGUCUGUGGAAGUUUAUUGGUCGCGGAGAUGACUAUGUUAACUUCUCCCACGGGGAUGGGAUGCAUGCCUCGUUGAUUGAAGCCGAGAUUGAGAACCAUCCUGCCGUGAAAGCUGCUCUCAUUGGCGAGAAUGGUAGACCUGCACCAGUCCUGCUUGUGGAGUUAGUUCCCAAUGCCGUGGCAGACAAUGAGAAGAGUAGAUUUACUGCUUCGCUACAGCCAUUCAUUGACAAUGCUAAUGUUCGGUGUCAUGAUUGCGUGAAGCUUUCCCUGGAUCGUUUGAUUCUGGCGCAGCACGAGAAACCCUUUGUUCGAAAUGUCAAAGGAGGCGUGGUGAGAAUGCAGACUCUCGCAUUAUACAAAGACGAGAUUUCCGCUAUAUUUGUCUGA